AUUAGCAAUAACAUUUCAAUAUAAGAAGCAACACUUUUCGCAUCCCGCAAAAAUACACUGUCAUCCACGGUGCUGCAAAGCAAAAGCAAAGCUAUUUGUUUACUUUUUUUAAUUUAGAAACUUUUUAGUUAAAUUCUCAAUUAUGGAAGUAAGCGGGACAGCGAAUAGCGACACCGCUGAUUGGCACCAAUGGUGCCGACUAUGUGCUAAAGUCGAUGUCGAGAAUAAAAAUGUUUAUUUCAAAGAUGGUCACCAAACGUGGACGAGCGUGCUAGCUGUGGCAAUUGGUAAAUACUUUUGGGUGAAUAUAAAAAUGGAGGACGAAUUAAGCAAUGCAUUGUGCAAGGAAUGCUGCAAACUUGUGGAAAGACUAAUUGAAUUUUCGGAGCGUGUUAAUCGUGUGCAAACGCUGUACAGCAGACUGCAAGCAGCUGCCGCACAAAGUAAUAAAUUAGACUAUGAAGAGUUGCGCAGGGAUUGUGGUUUACUCGAAGACAAUUGGAAUCACAUCAUAGCCGAUAGCACGACUGAGGAGAAGUGUAUUGAAAAGAUUGAAGAGGCAACCAUGGAUUAUUUUGCUGAUGAAAUGGUUGAGUCGGUUGACCAGGAUGUCGACACAAUAGCGGAAAUCGAAACUCCUGAAUUUCUGGAUAACGAUGAUAGCAGAAAUGUGGUAUUUGAAGAGGAGCACGAAGUAAAUGCCGAUGAGUACAUUGAAACAGAACCAGCUAAAGCUGAAAAGACUGACAUGGUAAUUGAGCAAGAGAAAACACAAGAGGAGGAGCAAGCAGCAGAAGAUGAGUUUAGUGAAAUUAUUAUGACAGACGAAGAAGUCAGUAGUGAAUGCCAAUAUAAAUGCACAUCAUGCAGCAAGGAAUACAAAAAGCCAAUGGCCUACAAGCGACACAUGGCUGAGGUACAUGGCUUGGUGCCAACGGAUAUGCCAGAUCUAGAGUGUAAGCGCUGCCAGAGCAGGUUUAGCACAGAGCAUCAGCUAACAGCGCAUUAUCGCACCCACUUGCCGGCGAAGGAAAAGGCGGACAAUGCUUGUAGCUACUGCUCAAAGCUGUUUACCACGGCUGGUGCCUUGAAGCGUCACAUACUGAGCAUACAUGAGAAUGUCAAACCUUACAUAUGCGACUGCUGCGGCAAAGCUAUGAAGACUGUCACUGCACUCAAUGAACACAAACUGGUGCACACCGAUGAGUGUCCGUAUGAGUGCAGUGUUUGCCAUCGACGCUUCAAGAACAUGGCCAGACUCAAAAUACACUCAGACACGCAUACAACCAAUAACUAUGAGUGCAGCAUAUGCGGAUUAAGGUUAAACACACGUCGCACACUGACGAUGCAUCAGCUGGUGCACACUGAUGAAAAGCAAUAUAAAUGCGAUGUUUGUGGCGCGGCCUUCAAGCGCGGCAAGACUUUGAAAGCGCAUUUAAUUCUACACACUGGUAUUAGACCCUACAAGUGUAAUUUCUGUGGCAAAGACUUUUCCAAUGGCUCCAACUGUCGCAUGCACAAGCGCAAGACGCAUCCGAAUGAGUUGGCAGAGGAGGAGAGCCGUGGUGUUGUGCGCUCAACGCUGCUGCCCAUGAUUACUGAUCUUAUUGAAGCCUCUAAGAAGGUUAAGAAGCCCGCUAAGGCAGGCACAGCUGUGAUGCGAACAGAGCCAACUAAUAAAGGUGCUAUAACAGUUAAAGCAGUGGAUGAGAAUGUAGAAGGAGAAGAAUCUGUGCUGUAUGAGAUUGUGCAGGAGUGUCCGUAGGUAGUACUUUUAAUAAU